AUGAGAUCAUCAAAGGCAGUCCCUGUGAUCCCCGGAAUUGAUGAAAGAUCAACCACUGCCCAGAUGAUAUCGGUGCUUCGCAACUCUUUCCAGGAGAAAGAGUAUGAUGAGGUGGAGAGGUUGCUGAUUGCCCGGGAGACGAGGUUGCGAAGGGAACGGGAUGAUUUGAGAAAUGAAGUUGCUACCCUGAGAAAGACCCAGGGAGACUCAGAGAGGAGGUUUGCAAUCGUGGCUGAAGAACUGAAGAGCGUGGAAAUUGAGAAAAUAAAUGAGAGGGACAAAAUGGUUGGGGAGAUAAAGGAGAAAAAUAAGGAGAUUGAGAAGUUACAGCUUGGAGGGAAUCAGGCGAUUCAAAAGUUGACAGAAGCUGUGAAAUUGGGCCAUCUUCUGUAUGGUGUUUUGAGGAGAGAAGGGAUAAUAAUUCCCAAAUUGGAGAAGGGCAUUGCUGGUUUGAUGGAGGGCAUUCAUUAUGAGGAUGUAGAAGAGGAGGUUGAGAAGAUAUGCCGGAUGCCUAGUGCUGCAAUGAGGAGCUCUGCUAAAGGAGUUUCAAUUGAUGCUGAGGAAAAUUCUGUAUUUGAGGGUGAAAGGGGCUGUGCUGGCAAAGCAGAUGUGCAUUGUGGAAUUGAUAGUGGCAGAUUGGAAAGUGAGAAUGCUGGCUUUGGUGUUGAAAAGCUGCAGGGUGGAUCGGGUAAAAGUCCUGAGCAGACGGCCCUGAAGCCUUUUUCGAUUGGCAGCAAUGAGAGAGUUGUUUGGGCAGGCUCCCCUCCCAUGGCUUUUCCUGUUAAAGGCUUUAUCUCUCUGAAUGCGAAUGUCACUCUUGGUGAUAAAAUUGGUGUCCAGGAGUUAAAUGUUGAAGCAAGGGGCUUCAGCAAGCCAGCUGAUGUACUUGUUCCAGCUUCUAAUAGAUCUUCAUCUGGCAUUAUUAGCAAUAUUAGGGAUACUGAAGAAGGAAGUAUUGCUGAUCAGAAAAGGAAGAAGAUUGAAUCUACUGGCACGGAUAACUUCAAGGGAGCUGGUUCGAAUGAUGGUGGAGUGCACGCUGAUGAUGACUCGAGUGAAAGUGACAUCGAUGGUACUAGUUUGGAGUCUUACUUGGAAAACAAGGUUGAGAAGUUUAAAAGAUACAAGGAGACGGGGUGGAAGUCGGCUGCUGACAUGCUUUCGGCUUUUCAGAAUGAUUUUGAACCUUGCAUGGCCGCCGUUUGUGCUCUCUACCGAAAGAGACUUUCUUCAGAAAAAUUCAACACCAGUACAUUGUUUCUAGGAGAUUCAGCUGCAAUGAGGGAAGUAAUUGAUUCUUAUUGCAGUUUGAAGACUUUGGCUGAAUACUUAAUAAAUGGAGACCCUAAAAACAAGCUAACAAAAACCGCAGCAGAAGUUCAGCAAGAAGCUCCAAAUGUUCUUUCGAUGUAUGAUAGUGAGGAUUUGCGAGAUGGAGCUGACGGUAGCCUGCUCGGAUGUAAGAGCACUCACUCUGGCAUUGAAAAACAGCCGGAUGGAUCGGAUAAAAAUCAUCAGAAAAUGAUUGUUGAUAAUUUGUCUAAUGGCUGUGCUGAUGUUAGUGAGGAUUUGCAAGAUGGAGCUGACGGUCAUCUCGCAAGUGAGAACACUGACUCUGACAUCAGAAAGCAGCAGGAUGGAUGCGAUGAGAAUCUUCAGAAAACGAUUGUUAAGAAUUUGGCUAAUGGCUGUGCUGAUGUUGGUGAGGAUUUGCAAGAUGGAGCUGACAGAGGCCUGCUCAGAAGUGAGAACACUAACUCUGGCUCUGAAAAGCAGCAGAAUGGAUCAGAUGAAAAUCUUCAGAAAAUGAUUGUUGCGAACUUGUCUAAUGGCUGUGCUGAUGUAGGAGUUUCACCGAGGUCAGAAUCUCAUCACCUGGGUUCUCCUGUUGAAUUCUUUCCCUCUGCUAACAUCACUUGUGAUAGUGAUGAUAGUUGGGACCCAGAGUUGAAUGUUGAAACUAGGAUUCCCAGUGAGCCAGCUGCUCCAGUCACUGAAAUAACUAAUAAACUCCUAUCUCCCAUCGUCGUUAUCAGUGAUAGUGAGGAUGAAAAUCUUCCGGCUCAAAAAAGAAGGAAGAUUGAUUUUGUUGGUGUGGAUAACUUCAAGGGAGCUGGUUCGAAUCAUAAUGGAGUGCAUGAUGAUGAUGAUGACUCAAUGGAAGUGAUCUGGAUGUUACUUGUUUCGAGUCUUACUUGGAAGAAACGUUUUCGAAAUUUAGAAGAUACAAGGAGAAUGCUUGGAAAUCUGCAGCUGACAUGCGUUCCGCUUUUGAGAAGAAUUAUGAACCUUGCAUGA